GGCAGCCUGGGUGGGGUCCUUGGGUAGGAGUAUCACCCGGAGAAUAUGUCAAGGGGCCUCCCUUGGCCUGAGGACGUAGAGCCAUUGGUGGGAGGUUUGGGGUGUGCUGCCCCCUUGUGCCCUUGUUUCCCUGCUACCCUACCUAUUCUGGCCCUCCUGCAGGAAACAAUGAAGGGAGACACCAGACAACUCAACAGAGAGGAGGACGCCAGCGGGAGGGAAGACUCCAUCAUCACUAACGGGGGCUGCAGCGACCAGUCUUCUGACUCCAAGGAUGCGCCCUCACCCCCCAUCCUGGAGGCUAUCAGCACCCCGGAGAUCAGAGGCCGAAGAUCAAGCUCACGACUGUCCAAGAGGGAGGUCUCCAGUCUGCUAAGUUAUACUCAGGAUCUGACGGGUGAUGGAGAUGGCGAAGGGGAAGACGGGGAUGGCUCUGACACCCCAGUGAUGCCAAAACUCUUCCGUGAAACCAGGACUCGGUCUGAAAGCCCAGCUGUCCGAACCCGAAAUAACAACAAUGCCUCCAGCCGUGAGAGGCACAGGCCCUCCCCACGCUCCACCCGAGGCCGGCAGGGCCGCAGUCACGUGGAUGAGUCCCCCGUGGAGUUCUCAGCUACCAGGUCCCUGAGGCGGCGGACAGUAUCCUUGGCAGGCACACCGUGGCCGUCCCCCGCCAGCCCCUACCUCACCAUUGACCUCACAGAUGAUGACGUGAUGCCCCAGAGCAGCAGUACCCCCUACGCCCGCCUGGCCCAGGACAGCCAGCAGGAGAGCUUGGAGUCCCCGCAGGUGGACGCGGAGGGGACAGAUGCCGACAACACCGAGUAUCAGGAUGGGAAGGAGUUUGGAAUAGGGGACCUUGUGUGGGGAAAGAUCAAGGGCUUCUCCUGGUGGCCUGCUAUGGUGGUGUCAUGGAAGGCCACCUCUAAGCGACAGGCCAUGUCCGGCAUGCGGUGGGUCCAGUGGUUUGGUGACGGCAAAUUCUCCGAGGUGUCUGCAGAUAAGCUAGUGGCCCUGGGGCUGUUCAGCCAGCACUUUAACCUGGCGACCUUCAAUAAGCUGGUGUCUUACAGGAAGGCCAUGUACCAUGCUCUGGAGAAAGCCAGGGUACGGGCUGGCAAAACCUUCCCCAGCAAUCCUGGUGACUCCUUGGAGGACCAGCUGAAGCCCAUGUUGGAGUGGGCCCACGGGGGUUUUAAGCCCACCGGGAUCGAGGGCCUCAAACCCAACAACAAGCAACCAGAGAACAAGACCCGAAGACGCACAGCCGAUGACUCGGCCACCUCGGACUACUGCCCCCCACCCAAGCGCCUCAAGACAAACUGCUAUAACAAUGGAAAAGACCGAGGAGACGAGGACCAGAGUCGAGAACAAAUGGCUUUGGAUGUUAGCAACAACAAGGGUAGCCUGGAAGAUAGCUGUCUGUCCUGCGGUAGGAAAAACCCUGUGUCCUUUCACCCUCUCUUUGAGGGUGGGCUCUGCCAGACAUGCCGGGACCGGUUCCUCGAGCUGUUCUACAUGUACGACGAUGAUGGCUAUCAGUCCUACUGCACUGUGUGCUGUGAGGGCCGCGAGCUGCUUCUGUGCAGCAACACGAGCUGCUGCCGGUGCUUCUGUGUGGAGUGCCUGGAGGUGCUGGUGGGCACAGGCACGGCAGCAGAUGCGAAGCUGCAGGAGCCCUGGAGUUGCUACAUGUGCCUCCCACAGCGCUGUCACGGCGUCCUGCGGCGCCGGAAGGACUGGAACAUGCGCCUGCAGGCCUUCUUCACCAGCGACACGGGGCUCGAAUACGAAGCCCCCAAGUUAUACCCUGCGAUUCCCGCAGCCCGAAGGCGGCCCAUUCGAGUCUUAUCCCUGUUUGAUGGAAUUGCAACAGGGUACUUGGUCCUGAAAGAAUUGGGCAUCAAAGUGGAGAAGUACGUCGCCUCCGAAGUGUGUGAAGAAUCCAUCGCUGUUGGAACUGUCAAGCAUGAGGGCAACAUCAAAUAUGUGAAUGACGUCAGGAACAUCACAAAGAGAAACAUUGAAGAAUGGGGCCCCUUUGACUUGGUGAUUGGUGGAAGCCCAUGCAAUGAUCUCUCAAAUGUGAACCCAGCCAGGAAAGGCCUGUACGAGGGCACCGGCCGGCUCUUCUUUGAGUUCUACCACCUGCUGAAUUACACACGCCCCAAGGAGGGUGACGACCGGCCCUUCUUCUGGAUGUUUGAGAAUGUGGUAGCCAUGAAGGUCGGUGACAAGAGGGACAUCUCUCGUUUCCUAGAGUGUAACCCAGUGAUGAUCGAUGCCAUCAAAGUGUCUGCUGCUCACAGGGCCCGCUACUUCUGGGGCAACCUGCCUGGAAUGAACAGGCCCGUGAUAGCAUCAAAGAAUGAUAAACUCGAGCUGCAGGACUGCUUGGAGUUCAAUAGGACAGCAAAGUUAAAGAAAGUACAGACAAUAACCACCAAGUCGAACUCGAUCAGACAGGGGAAAAACCAACUUUUCCCUGUUGUCAUGAAUGGCAAAGAAGAUGUUUUGUGGUGCACUGAGCUAGAAAGGAUCUUCGGCUUUCCUGUACACUACACGGAUGUGUCCAACAUGGGCCGUGGUGCCCGCCAGAAGCUGCUUGGGAGGUCCUGGAGUGUGCCUGUCAUCCGACACCUCUUCGCCCCCCUGAAGGACUACUUUGCCUGUGAAUAGCCCCCAGGCACCCUGAGCCCAGGAGCACUGGGGCAUGUGGGGCAGAGCCAGGACCCAGGAGGUACAGCCUCAGCUCUGCCCUUCCUCUGCUCCGCGUUGUGGGGUUGCGCCACCUAUCCUUGGCAGGAGCAGAGCCGUGCGACCCCCUCCUGGCAGGGAAAGCCUGAGGUGCUGCCUCCUUGUGCACAAUUCAGACCUGGCUGCUAGGAGUGGCCAAACACGGUGCUCAUUUUAUCUUCUAAAAUUUUUAAAACUUGAAGUAGGUAGUAAGAUGGGUUUUUUUUUUUUUUUUUCCCCUCCCGGGUUUACCGCUCAGAGAAACAAUGGCUAAGAUACCAAAACCACAGUGCCAACAGCCCUCCAAUACUCAGGUUAAUGCUGAAAAAUCACCCAAGACAGUUAUGCCAAGACUAUGAUUUUUAAAAAACAUCUGCGGCUCCUUGUUUCCCAGGACUGCAGUGGUAGACAUGUAGCUAAGGGACAUUUUAAGGGCCCUGGAUGUUUUUCUUCCUAGGGCUAGCAGAAGAGGAGAUGAUGUCUAUGUCGUUCUUGAAUUUUCCCUAGCACAUUCCCCUGGCCUCAGUAUAAAGGGCUGGGACCCGCUGUCAGGGCCCGUGUAGAGUAUUUUCUGUAAUGAUGAUGAUUUCAGCAGGGAUGACCUCAUCAUCACAUUCAGGGCUAUUUUCCCCCCCACAGACCCACAGGUAGGACCACCCUUAGCGAUAUCCCUCCCAGUGACUGCAAUAGAACCCUCCGGGGAGCUCAGGAAGGGGUGGGCUGGGUAUAAAUUGCCACAUAUUAUGCGGACAGGUAUGGCUUCUCGCUAUCUCCCUCUUCCCCACUAGAAGGGAACAAAGGAGUAGGCUUAGGUAAGACAUCCCUGCCCACCCCCAAAACGCACCCUUCCAGACUACUCUGCAGGCACAGGUCUCCACAGUAGAAGUAGGAUACCCCAAUUCCUCAGCCUUUUUCUAAACUGAGAAGCAAUGACAGCCGGGGCACAAGCACAUUCCCUGCACUCUCCCCUCAUCUAAGAGAUUGCAGGGGGAAACUGCAAUAAAAGCUCGACCCUCCUUCCAGAGAUUUUAAAGUCCUUUUGUAUUCCAUGAGAAGUUGUUUUUAGGGGGAAUGGGAGGUCAGGAAAGCUGCAUUUCAGAAAUGCUGUCGUAAUGGUUUUUAACACCUUUUACUCUUCUUACUGGUGCUAUUUUGUAGAAUAAGGAACAACGUUGACAGGUUUUGUGGGAAUUUUUUUAUACACUUUUUUUUAAAAUCACAGACUUCUAUUUUUAUGUUUUAACAUUUUCAUAAAAAGUUUUUUUUUUUUUUUGUAACUGGAGCCACGUAACAAGUAUGGGGGAAAAUUGUGCCUUGUUUCAACAGUCUUGCUAAUUUUUAGGCUGAAAAAUGACAGAUGCCUAGAGUUUACCUUAUGUUGAAUUAAAAUCAGUAUUUCUCUAA